GCACGAUGGAAUCAUAUCGAGAAUUUGGAUGUUUUCUUUCGGAGGGUUUAUAAAUAUUACAUUAAUCAUGGCCUUACCUAUAUGAUUCUCAAUUACGUUUUUGAAUUAAUGCAAUUUCUCUUUAUAAUCCUCUUUACAACUUUCUUGAUAACUUGUGUCGAUUAUCCUGUCUUAUUUGGCGAUAAACUACCAUCCGGACAUACUGGUGAUUCUCAUAAAGUCACUAUUCCUGAUGCUGUUAGACCCCUUGGACAAUGUGUUAAUAGAUUUACAACUUCAAUCAUUUGUUUUUUGGUAAUUGCUUUUACUUCUUGGGCAAUGCGUCUCAUUAGAAUUAUAUGGAAUCUAUCGCAUUUCAUUGAGAUCAAAUCAUUCUACUCAGAAGCACUAAAAAUAUCAACGAGUGAGUUACAAAAUAUAACGUGGCAAGAAGUCCAAAAUAGAAUGAUGAAAUACCAACUUGAACAUCAAAUGUGCAUCCAUAAAGAACAAUUAUCAGAAUUAGAUAUUACCCAUAGAAUUUCAAGAUUUACAAAUUAUCUUGUGGCUAUGGUUAAUAAAGAUAUUAUCCCAGUAAGAUUGACAGUUCCUCUUAUUGGACAAAGACUAUUCUUCACCAAAGGAUAUUUAUAUAAUUUGGAAGCAAUUCUAUUUUGGGCUCCCGGCAGUCCUUUUGAUAAUGACUGGCACUUACGACCAGAUUAUAAAAAAGCAAAUAAGAGACAAGAGCUCGCAGAACAAUUGAGCACCAGGAUAUUUUACUUUGCUCUUUUAAAUAUUGUCCUCAGUCCUAUAAUUUUCAUAUGGCAAAUAUUAUUUUCCUUUUUCUCCUAUGCUGAGAUUAUACGAAGAGAUCCGGGAAGAUUAGGAAUUCGUCGAUGGUCACUAUAUUCACGCCAUUACCUGAGGCAUUUUAAUGAAUUAGAUCACGACUUAAAUCUUAGACUUGGUAGGGCCUACAAACCUGCGUCAAAGUAUAUGAAUAUUUUCUACUCACAUUUAUUAGCCCUUAUUGCAAAAAAUAUCGCCUUCUUCGCUGGUGCUAUGUUAGCGGUACUUUUGGCGUUAACAAUCUAUGACGAAUUUCUGUUGACCGUAGAACAUGUAUUAACUGCUGUAACUGUUCUUGGUGUCAUCAUAACAUCAUGUCGAACAUUGAUCCCCAAUGAGCAAGACGUUCAAUGCCCUCAUAAGGCCAUGAAAUCAAUUUUAUGUCACAUCCAUUAUAUGCCCGAUGACUGGAAAACUCAAGCUCAUACUGUUACCAUUAGAGAAGAGUUUUCAACCCUAUUCCAAUAUAAAUUGUCAUUCUAUCUAGAGGAACUACUAAGCCCCUUAAUUACGCCUUUUGUACUGCUUUAUGCUCUACGAACAAAGUCAUUGACUAUAAUAGACUUUUUUAGGCAGUUUACGAUAGAAGUUGAAGGUGUCGGUGAUGUUUGUUCUUUCGCGGAGAUGGAUAUCAAACGACAUGGAGAUCCAAAGUGGUUAUCGAGUAAUAAUCCUGAAAGAAACCAACAAUCUACCGCGCGUGAUGGAAAAAUGGAAUUAUCACUAAUUAACUUUCAGAUGAAAAAUCCGGAGUGGAAACCUAAUCCCGAAACUAGUCAGUACAUAAGUAAACUAAAGGAACAAGGUAACGAUUAUCUUUUACAACUAUAUUGUACGUCAAUCUUCGAUAAACUGUUACUUUACUAUAAAAAAUUUAAGAGCAUUCACAUAAGGGCCAUUUCUUUCUACAGCAAUAUCAGAAAGUGCAAGCUUUUCUUCACAGCAACAUUUACUCUCAAAUUUAUCGUCUUUGGUAUGGUAACAUACGUAAAUAAUGCUACUCUUUUAACUUCUCAACACUUUUUUUAG